AUGUUUGUCUUAUCCAUAAUCAAAGAUACCAUUGCAAUUCUGCCAGCAAACUUUGGUGUGCCUCCAGCACAAGCUCUCAUUUCUGAGAUCAACAAAAAAUAUGCCAAUAGAGUCCUUCACGACGUAGGGCUAUGUAUUUGCACGUUUGACCUGGUAGAAGCGGGCGAAGGCAAAGUACGAUACGGAGAUGGGUGUUUAUGGUAUAAAGUCAGAUUCAGAAUGGUCGUUUUUCGACCAUUCGCGUCGGAAGUAAUCCUUGCUAAAGUGAAGUCAUCAGACGAAGACGGUAUUCGAUUGAGCGUAGGAUUUUUCGACGACAUCUAUGUACCUCUAGCAUAUCUACCGCAACCAUCUGCCUUUGACCCAAAUGAGCGUGCUCAUUUCUGGCUACCAGACUCGGAAGCAACAACCGCACACGAGCUUUUGGAGUCUGCAACAGCAGACCGGAUGUAUAUCGACCAGGGAGAAGUAGUACGGGUUCGCAUCGAGGCUGAUGAAUUUUAUGACGACGAACCUGGUCCGCCAAAAGCAUCGGAGGGUAUUGCAGUAAAACGAGAGGCCCGGCGCGCACCGUAUAGCAUGAUUUGCUCUAUCGCAGAACAGGGACUCGGGCCUGUCCCGUGGUGGAAGAGUGCCCAGCCUGAUGGCGAUGCUAUGGAAGCGGAAUGA